CAGUAUUUUUGUAAAAGUUAACUAAAAUUUCAUUACUUUGUAAGUUUCCCAAAAUAAUCCCUAUGAAAUACCCUAAAAAAAAGCCCAAGAAGGCCCAUGUGGUGGAUUUCAGCCUUCCGGCGCUGAACUGUUGAGUUGGACUGGUCUAUAGGUUUCGACGUUGAUCGGCAAGUGGCAACUGAAUUUCAAAUCUCAACGGUCAUUUUCUUCGAAACCAAUACACACAAUUUACUCGCCGGACAAACCGGCAUGAUUCGAGCUUCGAAACCUUUAUUACGCCUAUUAAUCCCCGGCCAUUAUUCACCGUUCCGGCGACUCCACGCGGGGUCUAGACGGCGUCGUUAUUCCAAAAACGACAACGACGACGAUGAUAAAAACGACAAGGGAACCCAUUUGCAUUUAUAUAAGAGUAAAGGUCAGCAUCUUCUUACUAACCAAAGAAUUUUGGAUACCAUUGUCCGAAAAUCUGCUAUUGAACCCACUGAUACAGUCCUGGAGAUUGGACCCGGAACUGGGAAUCUUACUGUGAAACUUUUGGAAGCUGCAAGUAAGGUUUUCGCUAUUGAAAUCGAUAGUCGGAUGGUCGAGAUUCUUGAUAAAAGGGCAUUGGAAAGUGGGUUGCAAGAUCGGUUGACUGUUAUACGUAAGGAUGCACUGAAGGCUGAGUUUCCAUUAUUAGAUCUUGUUGUUGCUAACAUUCCAUAUAAUAUAUCUUCACCUCUGGUGGCUAAAUUGGUGUUUGGACCGAUCCAAUUCAGGAGCGCCACACUUCUCCUUCAGAAGGAAUUUGCAAGGAGGUUAUUAGCCAAGCCUGGAGAUUCAGAGUUCAAUCGCUUGGCUGUAAAUGUGACUCUUGUUGCUGAUGUUGAACAUGUUAUGGAUGUAAGCAAGAGGGAGUUUGUUCCUUGCCCGAAAGUUGAUUCUUCUGUUGUCAUUAUCCGUCCGAAAGCUCAAGUUCCGGAUGUUAACAUGGAAGAAUGGUUAGCUUUUACAAGAACUUGUUUUGGUAAAAAGAACAAGACACUUGGAGCUACCUUUAAGCAAAAGAAGAAGGUGGCAGAGCUGUUAAACUUUUCUGAUAUGGCUGCCUCAAAUGCAGAGUAUAAUGAUGGUGGUGAUGAUGAUGAAAGUGCUGACAGUGAUGGUGAAGAAGAUUGCUCUUCUUCUUCGGGCUCCUCCGAAAUGGGGGUGAGCCCUUUCAAGGAGAAGAUCAUGAAGGUUUUAAAAUCAGGUUGCUUUGAUGGUAAGAGGCCUUCUAAGAUGUCAAACGAGGAACUACUGCGUUUGCUAGCAAUGUUUAAUGAUGCAGGUGUUUAUUUCCAUGAUAAAUCAAAUACCAAGUGUGAAGACAUUAAUUGUGAAUAAGCAUAAUCAUCAUUUGAUGCAUCAUAAUUUCACAAAUACAUUUUCAUGAUUUGAUUACAUUCAUCAUUUUUUCCCACAUAUGUAAGUUGGGUCACAACAAUCAGUGGCUGAGAAAGAAAAUUUGAAGGAUAGAAAUGACAGUAUUAUCAUACUGUUUUUAUAUUGUCUUUAUAGAUCUAAACAAUUUUACUUCUUAUUUAAUUUGUAUUUGGGGGAUUAUCUAUGUUAAUAUGUUUUUCAGGAAGUAAAAAAACGUAUUGUAUUUUAUA